AUGUAUCCUCGGUACCUCUAUGGUGUCUUGACGACCACCUUUGUGGUGGUCGGGCUGUAUAUGCUCUUCCAGGGAGAGGGUGAAGCUUUCAAUGUCGGCCGUUUCUUGGAAGAGGUAUCUCCGUACGCCUGGGCAAACAUUGGUAUCGGGUUGUGUAUUGGUUGUUCGACCAUUGGUGCUGCAUGGGGUAUCUUCCUUACGGGCUCUUCGAUCGUCGGUGGUGGUGUGCGGGCACCCCGAAUCCGCACCAAGAACUUGAUUUCCAUCAUUUUCUGUGAGGUCGUGGCCAUCUACGGUGUCAUCAUUGCCAUUAUCUUCUCCUCGAAGCUCUCUCCGGUCCCCGAGAGCCAGCUCUACACUCAGAGCAACUAUUACACGGGUUAUGCUCUAUUUUGGGGAGGUAUCACCGUCGGAUUCUGCAAUCUGAUCUGCGGUGUCUCGGUCGGUAUCAACGGCAGUGGCGCUGCUCUUGCGGACGCCGUUGACCCUAGCUUGUUCGUCCGCAUUCUCGUUAUCGAGAUUUUCAGUUCGGUCCUGGGUCUGUUUGGCUUGAUCAUCGGCCUUCUGGUUGGUAGUAAGGCCUUGGAUAUGGGUGCGGCUUAA